AUGGACAAUAUGCAAAACGUCGACACGAUGGAGGAGAUAGCUAAGCCUGAGGUCGUCACUCCCAAGGGCUUUCAGACUAUUGAGCAGAUUAAGACUUUUGAAAUUCUACCAGGUGGAGUUGUAAAGCCACAAUUUGUCAAUGUAAUAGGAUUUGUGAUGGAUCAUCAACCACCUAUCCAAACCAAAGGAACAGACUUCAAAUGCAGUUUUCAAAUCAAAGAUUAUUCCUCGCGAUUUGAGCGCUUCGGCUUGAGGAUGAGUGUUUUUGCAACAGAGGACAAGAUGCCAAAAAUCCAGAAGCAAAAGGAUGCUGUGCUUAUCCGGAGUGCAAAGGUUCAAUUGCGUAAUGGGGAGAUACAGUUACUAUCCCACUUUAGUACUGAAUACCACAUACUCCACGCUGAGCACAUCCCUAAAGCUAUUUUCCCCGUCAUCAAAGCUUCGUGGAUUUCAACACCACCAGCAAGAUGCCGACGUCCAGAACCAAUCGAGACUAAGUAUGUGAUAUGGUCAAAUCAACAUCUUGAUGAAGUUGAGUUUCCUGGUACUCAAGAAUUUCAGGAAAAGGCAAAAAAAGCUUUGCAGGUCAGGGAUAAGUUCAGUCUACUUAAAGAUGUCAAAGACGGCUCGUUUCACGACAUCAUAGGUGAAGUGAGAAAGAUUUAUGGAGCUAACAACGAUAUGGUCACCGUUUACUUUACCGACUACACAGCUCACUCGAGAUUUUACAACUAUACACUACCGGGGCUAUCGAGUGUCGUGAUGGAAGGUCGCGAUGGCGAUGAAUAUGGAUAUAUCAAAGCGAAGCCCAAAGACGAAGCAAAAGAAUGGAAAGGUCCGUUCGGGAAAAUGACCAUUCAGCUCACACUAUUCGACGCCCAUGCCAUGUUUAUUCGAGAGGAAAAUAUUAAGGAAGGCCAGUGGCUCCGCUUGACUAAUGUCCAAUUUAAAUCAGGCAAUGCAGGUCUUAUGGAGGGUAAGCUUCGUGGCGAUCGAGGAGCAUCUGAUGGUAAAGUUCAAGUCGAGAUCAUGAAAACUUCUGAAGAUCCUCAGAACAAUGAUCCCAGAUGGAAAGACUGUCUUCGACGAAAGCGUGAUUGGACCCAAAAGCACGAGAAGGAAAGAAAGAGACUCCAAGAAGAAAUUUCGGGGGCAGGAACUAAGCGCAAAGCAGAGGGACAACCAAGCGGGAAAAAUUCUAAAGCGCGAAGGAAAGAAUUGCGAGCCAAGGUAGAGGCUAAAAGUGCUUCCAGCGAGAUGAAAGCUGUUAUAGAGCUUAACUUGAACGAAAAUGUGAUGCUACAUCCUUCUCUGACUGCAAGAGACAUAAUACCAUUGUCAAGUAUUCUGCGACGCACGUCGCCCAUCUCUUCAGAUCCCAAAUUCGCAGGAAUCAACGCACCCUUCGAGAAUAAUAUCUACAAAGCAAAUGUUCGGGUUGUAGAUUACUUACCUCACAAUAUUGCCGACUUCGCAGUUGGUCGUAAAAUCAGCGAAUUCGACGUGUUAUCUGAUUAUAGUGGUGAUGAAGAUGAUGAUCCAAUGGAAGAUAUGCAAAGUUUCCGCGAAGGCAAGGGUUACGUAGAAAGGAAAUGGGAAUGGUUCUUCUCGCUUGUAGUUGAAGAUGCAAACCCAAAUGCUUCUAAAGAGAGAGCUAUUCUUAGGGUAGAAAAUUAUGAUGCGCAGAUGUUACUCAAUCUUCAAGGCGAUGCUUGCAACCUACGAACAAAUCCAGGAAUGCUUAGAGAUGUUAAAGAAACACUCUUUAAGCUAUGGGGAGAUUUGGAGGAGCAAAAAUCUGCUCUGCUUUUACAGAAAGCCCACGAGAAACUAGAAGCAGAAAAAGUGGCGCCCGAGGCUUCCAGGGUUACAGAUUCAGAAUCUGAAGACGAAGGAAAUGAUCUUAGAAAAACUAAUCACAGUCUUCCAGUGGAUUCAGAGGACGAAGCCGAUGAUUUGACCCGACAAAAUCAAACCAAAGGACCCGAGAGACCUGUCGUGCUUGAGGAGACAGAUUCUAAUAUCGAAGUUGAGAAGCGGGCCGAGCAGGUGGAGAUACCACAAGACCUUAAGCCCAAAAAUAAGCCUUUUCAGUGUUAUAUCAAAGAAUAUGGUAUCAAAGUGAAGGAAGAAGAUCCACUGAAGGCGAACGCCGGUAACGGGAAGAGGUGGCUAAGAGUGUUUGGACUGUGUUAUACUAUAAUUCGUUAA